AUGCCGACGCCUAUUCCCCGUCCUAAGGGCUUGCCCAUCAUCGGCAACCUUUUUGAUCUCGACUCCAACAACCCCUGGGGCUCGUUUAAUAAAUUGGCGACCAAUUAUCGUCCCAUCUUCAAAAUCACCAUCCUUGGUAAAGACAUUGUUUUCGUGACGGGCGCCGCCCUCCUGGAGGAGAUCUGUGACGAGAGGCGCUUCCGAAAAUGCGUGACCGGUCCGAUUGUUGAGAUUCGCGAUGCUGUCCACGACAGUCUUUUCACGGCGUACCAUGACGAGGAGAGCUGGGGGAUUGCACACCGUAUCAUGGCCCCGCUGGUCUCGCCGGAGGCUGUCGCCGGUGUCUUUGCGGGCAUGCAGGAAACGUCCAAGGAUUUGGUUAGGAAAUGGACCGCCGGUCCUCGACAGCGCGUCAGCGUGACGAGCGACUUGGACCGAGUGAACCAUGCGGCCAACAUGCUCUGCUUCUUUGACCAACGCGUCCACUGCAUGGACGGUCCGGAACCGGCUGUGAUCAGGGCCAUGGAUAGCUCCACGAAGGAAUCGAUGAAGCGUGCCGCCCGCCCUUCAUUCCUCACCUGGCUCUUCCACCAGAGCAAGUGGGACAAGGACAUCAAGACCAUGCGCGAUUACUGCGCCAGCAUCGUCGCCACCCGACAAGAGAACCCCACCGACAGAAAGGACAUGCUCUACGCCAUGCUGCACGGCAAGGAUCCCCAGACCGGCAAAUCCCUCACGGAGAGCCAGGUCCUCGACGAAAUCAUCAACAUCUUCAUCGGCAGCGCCACCGCCCCCAACCUCGUCGCUUUCGCCAUGUACUACCUGAUGAAGAACCCGGACGAGAUCUCCAAGGCGCGCGAGGAAAUCGACAACGUCGUCGGCGGGCCCUCCGACGAGAUCGAACACGAGCACCUCGCCCGCCUACCCUACUGUGAAGCCAUCCUGCGCGAAACCUUCCGCAUGUCGGGCGUCGCUCCCGGCUUCAACAUCGAACCCAUCCCAGACGACAGCGACAGCCCCGUCUUCCUCGCCGGCGGCGAAUACGAGAUUCCGCGCAAGCAGCCCCUCAUCGCCAUCCUCUCCUCUGUCAACCGCGACCCCGCCGUCUUCGAGAACCCAGAGGCUUUCAAGCCCGAGCGCAUGUUCGGCGAGAAAUACGAACGCCUGCCCACCGGCGUGAAGAAGGGCUUCGGCAACGGCAAGCGCCGGUGCUUCGGCGCGCAGUACGCCUGGGAAUGGUCCUUCAUGGCACUGGUCACCAUCCUGAAGGACGUGGAGUUCGAGGCCGCCGACGCCAGCUACACCAUGGCCAACGCCGGCGUCAACUACAACGGGGCGUUCAGCGUGCGGCCGCAGGAGUUCUUCGCCGUGACGGGGCCCCGGCCGCGAGUUGGCUAG